AUGAGAAAAGCAUUGUGGGUAAUGCGAGCAAAGGUAGCCAUCAAGCAAGGAAGGAUAAGGAAACCUGACAUCUUUCCCUUGGUUCACUCAUUUUCUGGAACCACCUGUCGAAGGACACCGAUCAUGGCACCUCAAAGGAACAGGGUGUUUGUCAUUGGAGUAGGAAUGACAAAGUUUGAGAAGCCUGGAUUGGAAGACUUUGACUACCCAGACAUGGCCAAGGAAGCAGGUCAGAAGGCCUUAGCAGAUGCUGGGAUACCCUACUCUGCCAUAGAGCAAGCCUGUGUGGGCUAUGUGUAUGGUGACUCCACCUGUGGCCAAAGGGCCAUCUACCACGGCCUGGGUCUGUCUGGCAUCCCCAUCAUCAAUGUCAACAACAACUGCUCCACUGGCUCCGCUGCCCUGUUCAUGGCUCGCCAGCUGGUGCAGGGAGGACUGGUUGACUGUGCGCUAGCCCUUGGGUUUGAGAAAAUGGAGAGGGGUUCCUUAUCCUCAAAGUACAUGGACAGGACCAACCCCAUGGAUAAGCACAUGGAGGUAAUGAUCAACCGCUAUGGGAUGGUGGCUGCCCCGGCUGCUCCCCAGAUGUUUGGCAACGCCGGCAGAGAGCACAUGGAGAAAUAUGGCACUAAACCAGAGCACUUUGCCAAGAUUGCAUGGAAGAACCACAAGCAUUCCACCAACAACCCGUACUCCCAGUUCCGAGAUGAGUACAGCUUGGAGCAGGUCAUUAAUUCCAGAAAAGUGUUUGAGUUCCUCACUCUUCUACAGUGCUGCCCCACGUCAGAUGGUGCUGGAGCAGCCAUCCUGGCCAGCGAGGACUUUGUGAGGCGCCACGGUCUGGAGGGCCAGGCGGUGGAGAUCCUGGCCCAGGAGAUGGUGACGGACCUCUCCAGCACGUUCGAGGAGAACAGCUGCAUGAAGAUGGUGGGGUACGACAUGACAAAGCUGGCAGCUCAGAAGUGCUUCGAGACGGCCGGCCUCAAGCCCAGCGACGUCGACGUCAUCGAGCUCCACGACUGCUUCUCAGCCAAUGAGCUGAUCACGUACGAGGCCCUGGGGCUGUGUCCUGAGGGGAAGGCCGGAGAGCUGAUAGACAGGGGAGACAACACGUACGGGGGCAAGUGGGUGGUUAACCCCAGCGGAGGGCUCAUCUCCAAAGGACAUCCUCUGGGAGCCACAGGUCUGGCCCAGUGUGCUGAGCUGUGCUGGCAGCUGCGAGGGGAGGCAGAUAAGAGGCAAGUCCACAAGGCAAAGGUUGGCCUGCAGCAUAACAUCGGCCUAGGAGGAGCCGUUGUCGUCGCUCUCUACAGGAUGGGGUUCCCUCAGGAAGACAGCUCUCAGGUGGCAGCAGUGCCUACCAGCGCCCCCGGUGGUCUAGAAGACUUCAAAACCUUCUCUGUCUUUCAAGAGAUCGAGAAGAAACUACAGGAGGAGGGUGAGGGGUUAGUCAAGAAGAUAGGAGGUGUCUUUGCGUUUAAAGUGAAGGAUGGCCCUGAGGGGAAGGAGGCUCUGUGGGUGGUGGACGUGAAGAAUGGGAAAGGUUCCGUCAGCAACGACACAGACAAGAAGGCAGACUGCACCAUAGCCAUGGGGGAUGAGGACCUGAUGGCAUUGAUGACUGGCCAGAUGAAUCCUCAGACGGCUUUCUUCCAGGGGAAGCUGAAGAUCACUGGGAACAUGGGCAUGGCCAUGAAGCUGCAGAGCCUUCAGAUGACAGCUGCCAAGGCCAAGCUCUGAAUCACCUCUCUUGUGGAUUGCUCCUUUCUCAAUGGCGCUCUUGUCCUUUCCCCCCACUCCUUUUCCUGUAUGAACCAUCCUUUCAAGCACUUACAAUUUCCUCUCACUCUCCCACCUUCUAUUGUCCUGCUUUUUGUUUGCAGUCUUUCAAAAACUUAGAGAAAUUAACCUGAUCCCUAGAAAUUAAUCUAACUCUUCCUAAUGAAGCCUACUUUAUUGACAUAUAGUUGACUGAAUAAUUAACUUGCAUUAUUAUCAUGAAAUCCGGUCCCUAAUGUUUCAGACAUCUGAAGUUGAACUCAGUCAAACUAAUGUUAACUGUCCUCAUUCUGACAAGCUGCUGUUAUGAAGAUAACUUGGAGAUGGAGAGAUAAUGACAGUCGAGAAAUGCAAUUAAGGCUUCUUUCGGCCUGAGCUCUGGCUUUAAAAUGCUUGUGUUUGAAGGGGGUGUACAGAUUAUCUUUAAAACUGAUGUGAUAUCUUUGACACUCGGGUAAUGAAUAAUACUCAACUGGAACUGUUUGCUUCUGUAUAUCGCUGCUCCAGCAUAAGAGGAUAUAACUCACAGGGAAUAACUCACAGGCAAAUAUCAAUAAAUAAAUAAAUAUAAAUGUUACAAUUUCUCAAUCCAACAAGUGUUCAAUCCAUAGCAUAGUUUAUAUUUGUGUUCUAAUGUUUAAUAAUGAUGUAAUGCAUUUUAUUAUUUGAUUGCAUAAAGACCACUCAAUGUGCCUCAAAUGUUACUCUUUCUGAAAAAGCAUUUUUUAUGAAAGACUAAAGAUAAUGUGAGAUCAACAUUUUGUAUAAAUGUAUGUAAUUUUUGAUAAAUAAUUGCUAUAUUAAUGGAUGGAUGUUUCUGUUAAAGUGGUAUUUUUAAUCACUUUCAAAUAUUCAAAUUAAAACAUUAAAGAAACUACUGGAUUUAAAAUGUAA